AUGUCUUUGCGGCUUCUCAAGCGACCAAUUAACCUUGCAUCGAGGGCUCCGAUUUCUCAGCUUCGUUUACAAUCUGGUCAGGCGCAAACGAGUCAUGAUCUUCCCUCGUUUCCCUCUCGGUGGUUCGCUGAUCUACAAGCUCAGCUGAAGAAGUUCACCAGCGAUGACUACCCAUCCAGCUGCGUUGAAGAAGCCAAGAGACAAUUGAUGUCAAAUGAACAAAAUUGGCUGCAACUCUUGGCGGGACAGCAAGGGUUCCUUACCGAUAAGAAAUGGCGAGGUCUCGAUAACCACCAGCUCCUUUGGGGUGAUAUGGAUAGCAUGGGCAAGUAUCACGACUUUCUGUAA